GAAACGGGACAUGGACGGCAGCCCUUCGAAGCGAAAGGCUGAGGCCGAGCUCACGCAGGAGGGCGAGCCGGUGGAAGCCAUUCGCGCCACGGCCGUGGAGCACUACUGCUUUUCGGCAAAGUAUGGAAAGUCGCUCGUCGAGGUGCGGCUGGCCGUAGACGACACGGUUGCAGACUUGAAGGCUAUCCUCUUCUCACUCACCGAUGUCCCGGCAGACCGGCAGAAGCUGCUGGGGCUCACUCGAGGCAAGCUGCCCGCUGAUGAGGCACCCAUCGCCGACCUCAUCUUUCCACCGACGAGUCUUCGACAGAGCCCGCAUCCGCAGACUGGCGAGAAGCGUAUCUCAAUCAACCUCGUCGGUACGCCCCUGGACCAGACAUUCAAGGACCCUGACGCAGUCGACGGCAAGGGCCUAGAGGACGAUGAGGACGAUGACGCUGAAUUGAACGCGCUUGCGGCCUCAGCAUCCUCUUCCUCCAAGGCAGAACCUCCCAUCGACCCUUCAAAGGACCCGUAUUCGCUCAACAAGCUCGAAAAAACAAUUUCUCGUUUCUCGCAUACCUUUCCCCUAAUGGCCGAGCCAAGGCCGAACCUGUCUGGCGGCCUCUUGGUCCUCGAUCUCGACUACACCAUCGCAGACACCAAGAAGCUCUUCAAUUACACCACUUCGGCCCACGAGGCCGAACGACCAGGCUUACACGACUUUCUCGCAGCCGUUUACCCCUACUACGACAUUUGUGUAUGGAGCCAAACGUCACACUGGUGGCUCGAGGCAAAGCUGACCGAGAUGGGCCUCCUGACUGACGCGCGUUACCGGAUCUCAUUUGUCCUCGAUCGGACAGUUAUGUUCAGCGUACGGAGCUCCAUCAAACGAAGUCGAUCGCAGGGCAGUAAGGCGAGGGAUAAACACGAGGUCAAGGCCCUCGAGAUCAUUUGGCGUCGCUUCCCACAGUUCUAUGGUCCUCACAACACAAUACAUGUGGACGACCUGAGCCGAAACUUUGUCAUGAACCCUAGCUGCGGGCUCAAGAUCGCUCCUUACAAGAACAGUCCAUCGCACGAUACAGAAUUGGUGGCCCUACAGCGCUACCUCCUUCAACUGGCACAUCCUAAUAUUGAGGACUUCAGAAUCCUUGACGGGCAUCACCAUUGGAAACACUGCCUGCUGCCGAGCGUGAAAGACGCGCCGACUUGGACGACUACUACGACGUCUUACGGCAAUGGGAACGAGCGUGAGGCCGGUGGAGCGGCGUUGGCGACACAGUCCGGUGCAGAUGCAAGGCUGGAGACUGCAGCACCAGCUCCAGCUCCAGGCACAGAUACACAACCAGGGCACAGUGAACCUGUGGCAGAAUCGGAAACUUCAACGAAAUCAGAAGAUGGGAAGCCUUCUUCGGCAUCAACAGGCCAAGAAGAACAACCACCACCAGGUGGAAUUUAG